AUGUCUGAUUCCCUAGCCGCCUUCCGCGACCGCCGUUCCAAAGACCUCCGCCAACUUGCAGAAGAGCACCUACAGCAUGACCUCAAUCAACAAGAUCGCGACCUCCUCAAGAGCGCAGGUAGCAAGGUCUCAACACACGCGGGCAUCGCGUCUGGAAUCGGCCUAGGCCUGGGCAUCUACUUCGCCUUCCGCCUACGCGCUAUGCGGCUAGCAUACUUCAAUGCGUUCCGCGCGAUGGAAAAGCCCGUAGAGGUGCGCUUCGCCGACGGCCGCGUAGAGCCCAUCCCCGACAUUAGCGCAAAGCUCUCAGGCCCCUCGCGCUGGGGUGAUGCAGCUACGUAUUUCCUCUUCAGCGUCGGCGGCCUGUUCCUCGGUGGAGAGCUUGGUUUAUUGACAGGCACGGCGAGCGCGGCUAAGACCAUUACAAAGGAUCCUCAGAGUAGGGAGAGGAUUGAGAGGGCGUUUAAGAACUAUCGGAUUGACGCGUUGAAGAAGGAGAUUCGGGAGAUGGAAGGGAAGAGCAAGUUUGAGGAGUUCUUUAGUAGC